AGAACAAGACAUAUCCCAAACUCGUGGUGCAAAAGCUUUGGCUCCAUCCUGUGGAAAAUGUCUGAAAAUAUAAAAUUUGCAGAUUUGGGCGUUCAAGAAAAGCUUUCUUCUUUCCAUCUUCUUCUCCACGAGAAUCUGUUCAAGAGAUGGAUUCUGCUCUCUCUCCUCGCAUUUUGUUCGCCAACAGCUUCAUCAGUUCAAGGUCGAAUAGGUUUCUGGAAGCUCCUCCUGCUUGCCGGAAUUGGGCUAACGCAUCAUGUUGGAAGAUCAAAGUUGAUGGGAACAGUGAUCAUAAAGUGUUCGAUGAAAGUUCUAUGAGAGAAAUCGAAAACGGGUCUUUGCCCGGUGCUCUGGAGGAAUCUACUUCUGCCUCGUUCACAGCAUUUGACGCAGAAAUCACUCCUGAAACUGUUGAUUUCUUCGUGAGUGAUGCAGAGGGUGAUCCAGACUGUCCAACCGAAGGUUAUUCCUCGAUCGAACAUGCCCUUAUGGCUCUACGCAAAGGAAAGUUUGUGAUCAUUGUUGACGAUGAAAACGGGAAGGUGGAAGGGAAUUUGAUAAUGGCAGCAGCUCUCACGAGUCCAAACCACAUUGCUUUCAUGGUUAAGAAUGGAUCUGGGAUUGUCUCCGUUGGCAUGAAAGAUGAAGACCUCAAGAGAUUAAAGCUUCCUUUGAUGUCACCUGACAUGGAAGAUGAAGAUUCCUCUGCUCCAACCUUCACCAUCACUGUGGAUGCAAAAUCAGGAACAUCAACUGGAGUCUCAGCUUCGGACAGGGCUGUUACGGUUCUGGCACUUUCGUCUGUGGAAGCUAAGCCAGAAGAUUUCAGAAGGCCUGGUCACGUCUUCCCUCUCAAAUACAGAGAUGGUGGGGUUUUAAGGAGGGCUGGUCACACUGAAGCUUCAGUGGAUCUCAUGAUCUUGGCUGGUUUACGCCCCGUUUCUGUUCUUUCGGCCAUUCUUGAUCAAGAUGGGUCUAUGGCUUCACUGCCAUCUCUAAAGAAUCUUGCUUCAGAACACGACAUUCCCAUUGUUUCCUUGACUGAUUUAAUCAGAUAUCGAAGAAAGCGAGAUAAGCUUGUUGAGAGAAUGGCCGUUUCACGUUUGCCUACUGAAUGGGGUAUGUUCCAAGCUUACUGCUAUCGAUCAAAGCUUGAUGGAACAGAACAUAUUGCCAUUGUAAAGGGAGAUAUCGGAAACGGCCAAGACAUUCUCGUACGAGUACAUUCAGAGUGCUUAACCGGAGACAUCUUUGGCUCAGCCCGGUGUGACUGUGGAAAUCAGCUGGACUUAGCCAUGGAAUUAAUCGAGAAAGCGGGGAGAGGGGUUGUAGUGUACCUUCGUGGCCAUGAAGGACGGGGCAUUGGACUCGGCCACAAACUCAGAGCUUAUAACUUGCAGGAUCUCGGCCAUGACACCGUCGAGGCCAAUCUUGAACUUGGCCUAGCCGUUGAUGCUCGUGAAUACGGCAUAGGUGCUCAGAUUCUCCGGGACAUAGGGGUGAGAACAAUGAGACUGAUGACGAACAAUCCGGCGAAGUUCACCGGCCUGAAAGGGUACGGACUGGCCGUCGUGGGGAGAGUUCCGGUCCUGACUCCGAUCACGACGGAGAACAGACGAUACUUGGAGACCAAACGCAAGAAGAUGGGUCAUGUUUAUGUCUCCGACAUUAACGACCCCUUGGCUUGAUCCCUUCGAUGUUGCAUUUGUUACACCUUUCUUUAUUCAAAGUUUUACAUUACAUAUACAUAUUUUUUUCCAUUUAUACAAAGUUUGGCCCUUUGUGCA